AUGAAUGAGCCACGCGGGGGAUCGUGGCAGUGCUCGAGGCGAUGGAAUGCACCGGGCUCGUGGCAGGGUGUGGUGCCGGCAACGGCCGCGGGAAACUUAAAGUUGGUGUGCGUCGCGCGGUGCAUUCUGAGCCCUGUCGAAGCCCAUGCUGUUGAUGCCUGGCGCCGUUGCUUGCUCAACGCCGCCCUUCAGCAGCAGGCUGUAGCAUGCUUUGAACGACCAGUGGGGGAUGUUGUCUUCUGUCAAGUUGGCACGGGACUGGAACAAUGGUCCGACAGGAUUGGGACCUUUUCAAUGCUGGCAGUUGGAGCUGCGAGAAUCAGUGUUGCGUGUAGUGCGUAA